CAUUGGCUAUAUUACCUACAAACGCUUAUGAACAUCGACCGUGAACGUUUAUAAAAAUCGAACGAACAAAAUAAUAUUUUUUUGCUGCGCUUUACUAAAUUUAAGAAAAAAGUAAGCCAAAAUGCCACCAAACGCAGAAACAGUCGAUGGAUCUGGUUCUGAAAUACCACCCUCAGAGCCCUUCGAAUCGGCCAGUCACAAAGCAGAGGAACCCGAAUCCAUAGCUCAACAGGCCGAAGAGCAAAGAGUUAAUAAAUUGCCAGAAGUGACGACUUUAGCACCCGCAACCUCAACAGCCGAACCCGAAGAAGAAACCACAACAAAAUCGGUACUCAAAAAAGUCGAAGAUGUUGGCGAAAAAGUCACAGAAGUCAUUGCUGAAAAAACCGGCAUACCCACCUGGGGUGUGGUGGCCAUCAUCAUCCUGGUAUUCCUUGUCGUAUUCGGCAUCAUAUUCUUUUGUGUGCGGCGUUUCUUGAAAAAGCGACGAACCAAAGACGGUAAGGGUAAGAAGGGUGUUGAUAUGAAAUCGGUACAGUUGUUAGGAUCGGCGUACAAAGAAAAAGUUCAGCCUGAUAUGGAGGAACUCACCGAAAAUGCUGAAGAAGGCGACGAGGAGGACAAACAGAGCGAACAGAAGUUGGGACGACUGAAUUUCAAGCUCGAAUACGACUUCAAUGCCAACAGUUUGGCAGUAACUGUUAUACAAGCCGAAGAAUUGCCAGCCUUGGAUAUGGGCGGUACAUCAGAUCCCUACGUCAAGGUCUAUCUGUUGCCCGACAAAAAGAAGAAGUUCGAAACUAAGGUGCAUCGUAAAACUCUUAGUCCUGUCUUCAAUGAAACGUUUACAUUUAAGAGUUUACCCUAUGCCGAUGCCAUGAACAAGACUUUAGUAUUUGCCAUAUUCGAUUUCGAUCGAUUCUCCAAACAUGACCAAAUUGGCGAAGUAAAGGUUCCACUGUGUACCAUCGAUUUGGCGCAAACAAUUGAAGAAUGGCGUGAUUUGGUUAGCGUUGAAGGUGAAGGUGGUCAGGAAAAGCUUGGUGACAUCUGCUUCUCGCUGCGUUACGUACCGACGGCUGGCAAGUUAACUGUCGUAAUCUUGGAGGCUAAAAAUCUCAAGAAAAUGGACGUCGGUGGAUUGUCUGAUCCAUAUGUGAAAAUUGCCAUUAUGCAAAAUGGAAAACGUUUGAAAAAGAAGAAGACAAGUAUCAAAAAAUGCACCCUCAACCCCUAUUAUAAUGAGUCGUUCUCAUUUGAAGUACCAUUUGAACAAAUACAAAAAAUCUGUCUGGUUAUUACUGUUGUGGAUUACGAUCGUAUCGGUACUUCUGAGCCCAUUGGACGCUGUAUAUUGGGAUGCAUGGCAACCGGCACCGAGCUAAGACAUUGGUCCGACAUGUUGGCUUCACCACGACGACCCAUAGCCCAAUGGCAUACCCUCAAAGAUCCUGAGGAAACAGAUGAGAUUCUCAAGAAUAUGAAGUAAAUUGCAAAGACAUAAUGGGAUACGUACUAAUCCAUCAUCACUCAUAACCAGCAGCUGAAAUCAGUUAGUCAGUCAGUCAAGUCAUUUAUCAUCAUCCCAAAAAUGCAACAACAACUAUAGCAACAUAACGAAAUAAAAAUCCCAAAAAGAGAAAUUGCAAACCAAAAUAUGCCAGCCAGCAUAAUGUCUACAAAAAAAGAAACAGAAAAAAAUGAACUACCAAAACAACAAAAAGUAAGCAUUUUUAUUAUGAAGAUCUCAUAACAAUACCAAAAACAAACAACAACAAAAAGGUUGGUGACUAUUUGUAAGUGGAGAGGAUAUCAAAUGACAUUUUCGCCUUCAACAAAUAAGUACUACAACAACAACAAGAGAAAGUUUGCAUCAAAAAAAGCCUCAGCCGCCAUCAAUAAAAGAAAUACAAAAACAACAACAACAACUAACCAUAUAAGGAAAAACGAACAACAAAAUCAUCAAUAUCACUGUCUACUGUAGUUAAAAUUUAUGAUUUUAUUUAUAAAUGAAAUAUAUAUACAUAUAAAUAAUAAUAAUAAUAUUAAUUAUGUUAACUUGCAACAAAAGUUAAAAGUCCUAUAAACCUCACAUAACAUUUCACACAUCCCCGUAUACAUAUAGAAAAAAAAUAACAACAACAAUACACAACAAAAAAACCAAAGAACUCCCUAAAAUAAAAAAAUAGUUAAAUUUUCCAAAAGACAAAGAAAAAAGGCCAUUCCAUAUACAUAAAAAUAUAUUAUAUAAAAAUACAAUCAAUAUCAUAUACAUAAAUAAAAAUAAACAAAUCGUAUAUAAAUUACGAGACCAGGGAUGGGUAAUUGUUAAAAUUAAUUAGAGACAUUUAGUGGAUUUUAUGAAACAAACAGUUGCUGAAAAUUUUUGGAAUUUUAACAAAACUUUGUAGAGACAAGGUUUUCUUAUAGAAAUCUUUGUGGAGACAAGAUUUUGCUAUAUAAAAGCAUGUGGAGACAAGGUUUUCAUAUAGAAAAGUUUGUGGAGACAAGGUUUUCGUAUAGAAAACUUUGUGGAGAUAAGGUUUUCGUAUAGAAAACUUUGUGGAGACAAGGUUUUCAUAUAAAAAAUUUGUGGAGACAAUAUUUUCGUAUAGAAAACUUUGUGGAGACAAGAUUUUCGUAUAGAAAACUUUGUGGAGACAAGAUUUUCGUAUAGAAAACUUUGUGGAGACAAGGUUUUCGUAUGGAAAACUUUGUGGAGACAAGGUUUUCGUAUGGAAAACUUUGUGGAGACAAGGUUUUCGUAUAGAAAACUUUGUGGAGACAAGGUUUUCGUACAGAAAACUUUGGGGAGACAAGGUUUUCGUAUAGAAAACUUUGUGGAGACAAGGUUUUCGUAUAGAAAACUUUGUGGAGACAAGGUUUUCGUAUAGAAAACAUUGUGGAGACAAGGUUUUCGUAUAGAAAACUUUGUGGAGACAAGGUUUUCGUAUAGAAAACUUUGUGGAGACAAGGUUUUUGUAUAGAAAACUUUGUGGAGACAAGGUUUUCGUAUAGAAAACUUUGAGGAGACAUGGUUUUCGUAUAGAAAACUUUGUGGAGACAUGGUUUUCGUAUAGAAAACUUUGUGGAGACAUAGUUUUCGUAUAGAAAACUUUGUGGAGACAUGGUUUUCGUAUAGAAAACUUUGUGGAGACAUGGUUUUCGUAUAGAAAACUUUGUGGAGACAAGGUUUUCGUAUAGAAAACUUUGUGGAGGCAUGGUUUUCGUAUAGAAAACUUUGUGGGGGCAUGGUUUUCGUAUAGAAUACUCUGUGGAGACAAGGCUUUCGUAUAGAAAACUUUGUGGAGUCACGAUUUUCUACUGGAAACUUUGUGAAGUCACGGUUUUCUUAUAGAAAACUUUGUGGAGACAGGGUUUAUUUUAGAAAACUUUGGGGAGACAAGGUUUUCUUUUAGAAAACUUUGGGGAGACAAGGUUUUCAGUUUGUAUUACUCCUUUCCGAAUCAUUUGUUCUUAUUAAUUUUAAUGAUUACCCAUCCCUAAUAAUACAUUCCAAAGGUAUUAUAUAUCCUUAUUAAAGGAUUACCAAAUAAUUUCAUAUACAACUUUUAAUUGAUUUCAAAGAUAUUUUUAAUCUGUAAUUUCUAAAGUUUAUUCAAAACGUAACCUACACUUACACUAGGUAAUGCAAUGCCUUUCGAAUUCGAAUCUUUGUCGGUUAUUAUUUUUAGAGAAACAAUUUUACUAGUGACUCUAAAGAUAUGUUGGAGAUUUUUUCCGGGUUAAUCUGUAAUGGAACUAGGUUUUCUAAAUCGUUUACAACGUAAACCUGCUAUAACUCUCUGCAAUCACAUACACAUAUGAUUUUAUCAAAUAACAUUGAAAAUUUAUAGACAUGACAUUCUUGAUAGUUUUUAAAAGUAUUUAUGAUCCGGACUCUUACUGAGCUCUUUUACAUCAAUUUCUGUCUAAGAUAACCCUUGACAUUGAUUCUUUUUUUUUCAAAAUUUCUGUAAAAAAUUAGUAAUAGUGAAUCGAAAAUACGAAAAGUUCUGCAAAUGAUUCACAGAACACUAAUUCACAUCUUCUUCAAAAUCAAAAGGGCAUCUUCUCGAAACAACUUUCUGUUCUCAAAACCAUUUUUGCUUCCUUUUGCCCUUCUUUUUACUAAUCCACAAAUGCUGGUCUUCGUUUUUUUACCUCUUGUGUACAGAAAUAAAACCAAAUUUACAAUAACAAAAAUAAAAAAAAAAACAAAAGAAGAAAGCAAAUACGAAUAGCUUUUAAUUUAAAUAUCUCUAUUAUGAUAUAAAUAAACUUAACAAAUGACAAAAACAAAACUCUAUUAAACAAAUUAUUAUUAAACUCUAUAUUGAAAAUCGAUUUCAAAGUUGUUAAAUUUUAGUCAAGAAAAAACCCUUAUCUUUGAAUAAAAAAAAUAUGAAAAUCUCUUACAAAAAAUCUACGACGUUGACAAAUAUAAAUAAUGAUUUUUAUUAUUUGUUGGAAGAAAACUGAAAUGUAAUAAAAAAAUCAUCAUAACAAAUAAAUAAGUUUUUUUUUUAAUUUAUUUUCAUUUAUAUUUUAAACGAAACUUAGUCUGUUUAUAAUUUAUAACAACAAAAAUGUUACUACUGUUAAAAUGUUAAUAAAAUCGAAAUUAGAAAGUUUCCACGGAAAUAUGCAUUGCAGAAAAGAGAAGGAAAGAAAUCUUAGGUCUGGAGUGCUUCAGGAAAGCCGGUAGCUUGGUCAGCCAUAAAACAAAGUUCUGAAACAAAUGGAAAAUAAAGAAAAUAUGACUAAUUCGUUAUUUAUCUCAUUUUUCCUUUUAUUUAAAGGAAUCCUAUUUGGCAUUUUCCUCUUGAGAAUUGGAAGACCCAUUUGUUUCGAAAAAUGUUAUAUCUGACCAUGUUGCUAUAUAUUUUCUAUAACAUCAUUAUCCAGGUUCGGACAGAAAGAAAAACGCAUCGCAACAACACAACUAUAGAAAAGACUUUUACAGAAGAAACAAAAAAUAAAUCCAAAAAUAGUCCCCACAAUAAAUUGUUAUGUAAAUUACAAUAAAAAUAAAAAAAUACCGGAAAUAAAUUAUUUAGCAAAAACACUGAAAAAUCACAAAAAUUUACAAUAACUUAAAUUGAUUAAACAAAAAGAGAACAAACAAAUAAAAAAUACACUUAAACACGUAUAUAUACAUACACAUACACUUAUAAAUAUAACUAACUCUAUAUAUGAAACCGAACAAAAAAAAUAUAAAAAAAACAAUUGAGAAAAUAAAUAACAAAAUUCUCUCUCUACAGCAGCAGCAGCAACAUUAAUAAUUCCUUUAUUAAAUUAAAAACCCAAAACAAAAAUGAUAAUUAAACAAAAAAUUUACAAAAUAAAAAAUGAAAGCAUAACUAAAAGCAAAUAUAACAAAGUUAAACUUUAACCAGUGAUUUGGAAUGAAAGAAAAUUAUACAUAUUUAUAAUUGAAAAUUAAUUUAAAUUAAUUCCUGCCUAAUUAUUUAACUUCCAUUUUUGUGUUUCACAACAGGACAAACUAAAAAUUAUAAAAAAAGUAUUUAUAAUUGAAAUUGCAAAACUAUAUAUAUGUAUACAGAAAUAAUUUGCUCAUUAGCAAUUUAUGUUUUUUUUAUUAGAAAAAUAAUGUAUUUUUGUUACAUUUUUUUCAUUUUAGUGUCCUGCAAAUAUCAUUGGAGGAUAUAACAACAAUAUUGAUAAAAAUUUCAUUAGUUAAAAUUUAAUAAAUAAAUAUUCUUAGACAAAUUACGAAUUAUUUAUUGUAUGUAUAACUUAUUGGCCCCAAUAAAAACAUAUGUUUAGUCUCAAAUUGUUUCAAAAAUAAAUUCUUUAAAUUUUGGCAGGGGAAUGGCAGGGAAAGGAUUUGAAACACGGAAAACUUUUAAACUAGGGACAAAGUUUUCUCACAGAAAACAUAAUAUUCAAAAAGUAAAAAUUCAUUUGAGACAAAAUGUUCUUAUAAAAAUAUUUAUUAAAGGAAAAUUCUUUAAUUGGAAAAUUUAGGGAAACUCAAUUUUCUCAAAGAAAACUUUACGUAGACAAAGACACAAGUCUCUUAUAUAUCUCUUGGAUACCUCAAGUCUAGGGGACAAGAUUUUCUCAUUAAAAACUUCCAGGAACACAAUUUUCCUAAAGAAAACUUUGUGGAGACAAGAUUUUCGCAUAGAAAACUUCGCGGAGACAGUGAUUCUCUAUAGAAUACUUUGUGGAAACAAGUUUUUCACAUAGAAAACUUUUGGAGACAAGGUUUUCGUAUAGAAAACUUUGUGGAGACAAGGUUUUCGUAUAGAAAACUUUGUGGAGACAAGGUUUUCGUAUAGAAAACUUUGUGGAGACAAGGUUUUCGUAUAGAAAACUUUGUGGAGACAAGGUUUUCGUAUAGAAAACUUUGUGGAGACAAGGUUUUCGAAUAGAAAACUUUGUGGAGACAAGGUUUUCGUAUAGAAAACUUUGUGGAGACAAUGUUUUCGUAUAGAAAACUUUGUGGAGACAAGGUUUUCGUAUAGAAAACUUUGUGGAGACAAGGUUUUCGUAUAGAAAACUUUGUGGAGACAAGGUUUUCGUAUAGAAAACUUUGUGGAGACAAGGUUUUCAUAUAGAAAACUUUGUGGAGACAAGGUUUUCAUAUAGAAAACUUUGUGGAGACAAGGUUUUCAUAUAGAAAACUUUGAGGAGACAAGGUUUUCGUAUAGAAAACUUUGAGGAGACAAGUUUUCGUAUAGAAAACUUUGUGGAGACAAUGUUUUCUUAUAGAAAACUAUGUGGAGACAUGGUUUUCUCAUAGAAAACUUUGUGGAGACAUGAUUUUCUCAUAGAAAACUUUGUGAAGACAAGGUUUUCGUACAGAAAAGUUUCUGGAGACAAGGUUUUCGUGAAGAAAACUUUGUGGAGACAAUGGUUUCGUAUAGAAAACUCUGUGGAGACAAUGGUUUCAUAUAGAAAACUUUGUGGAGACAAUGGUUUCAUAUAGAAAACUUUGUGGAGACAAUGGUUUUGUAUAGAAAUCUUUGUGGAGACAAGGUUUUAUCCUAAAAAACUUUGUGGAUACAAGAUUUUCUCAUAGAAAACAUUGUGGAGACAAGGUUUUUCCCGUAGAAAACUUUGUUAAGACAGGGUUUUAUCAUAGAAAAUUUUGUGUAGACAAGGUUUAAUGAUAUAAAACUUGGUGGAGACUAAGAUUUUUCGUAGAAAGCUUUGUGGAGACUCAAUAUUCUUACGAAAACACUUAACAAUUUAAGGGUUUCCUUUGAAGCAUUCAUGAAAAACUUUUCACUCUUACAAAAAACAAGGUUUUAUUACUGAAUUUGUUUUAUGUAAGGCUGUAUUAUAGCAAAGGCAGUUUAUAGCAGGUUUUUAUUUAUAAGUAAUAUUUCUUAAUCGGAUCCUCGAGCAUUUUUAAUUAUAUCGAAGUUUGUCAAGGGCACAACUUCAAACUAUGCUACAAAUCUUGAUAUGAUACCAAAAGAAUAUAACUGAUUUCUGGAAAUCUAUGUAGCUAACAUUUUGUUGAGACAAAAGUUAUCUAAUAGAAAUUCUGAUGCAACCAUAUUUUUCAAUACCUAGUGGAGACAUCUUUUUCCAGUAGAAAACUAAUGAAACAAAAAGCGCUGGCCGCUUAUUAUAUCCUCAAAUUAUGUAUGCCAAGCGUACUGAGGUGAUGCAAGACACUAUUGAUUUGAUGUUAGUUUUUUUGAUUCUCUAAAAACAUAUUUUUUAAAUUGAAUUUUAUGAGUUUGUUUACCUCUUUUCUUAUAAAAACUAUAAAUACAAAUAGAAGAACUUGUUAAGAAAGCAGAGAAUAAAAUAUAUAUUAAAAAGAGAUUAUUAAGAACAAUAAUAGUUAUUACUUACUUAUUUAUAUUAUAUGCAUAUUAUUAUAAACAAAACCAAAAAAAUAUAUAUUAUUAAUUAUUAGCAUACAAAAUUAAAAAUUAUUAAAAAACAAAAAAAAAUAUUUAAUUCAAUAAAAAAAUUAAAAAAAAAAAAAACAAUAACUUAAAUAAAAUAGAAUGCAAUAUAUUAUAAAUGUGCAAACAAUAAAUAAUAUAUUGAAUUAGUUAAAACAGCAACAACAACAACAUAAUAAUUAUAAUAACUUCACAUAAUAUUAGUAUAAACAAUAAAUUGAUAUACCUAACAACAACAAUAUAUACAAAAGAAUAUAUAUAUAUACAACAAAAAGAAAAAGAGAAAAAAAAAUACAAUAAUAUUUCCUCUUUUUUUAAGAAAAGAAAAAGAAAAUUUUACAAAAAAAGUAGAUGUUUUUUUGUCCUGUAUAAAAAUAAAAAGAAGAACACAAAGGAAGAAGGAAAGCAACAGCAAACUAUAUAUGGCCAUACAGAAAAAUGCAACUAAACAAACAAUGAGAAAUACAAAAUUAUUAUUAAUAGUAAAUACAUAUGUAAAAAUAUAAUAUUAAAUUAUAAUUAUAAAUUUCCAAAAACAAAGAAGGAAUGCAACAAAAAAUUAUUUUGGUUUCGUUUGUUGUUAUUUUUUAAUUACGUCUAGUUUAAAAAACCAAAAAAAAAAACAAAUAAAACGUGAAAUGUAUAAAAAUUAAUUUGAAAAUCAAUCUAUGAUUCAUGAAAGAAAAAGACCUCACUAUCUCAUCCACAACUCAGACACCGACACCAUACAUAUACAUACACAAAAAUACAUAAUACAAAAAACAUUCAAACAUACAUAUUAUAUACAUAAUAAAUACAUCUCCGCAUACAUACACGCAUACAUAUAUAGGUAGUAUAUUCCCUGGUAUAUAAGUACAGAUAUACAAAACAUACAUUAAUUGAAAUCGAACAAUGAAAAUGAAAACCAAAAAACCAAAUAUGUUGAAUGUUUCAAAUUUGAUUUAUAUACAAAUAUAUAUUAUACAUAUAUGAAAAUCUAACUCUAUGUUCCAAAUAAAUAAUAUUAUAACAAAAAAAAAAACAAAACAAACUGAAUAUUAGUUUUCAAUUGAGUUGUUUCCUUUUGCAUUUCACACUUAACUCACUUAAAAGAAACGUUUGUACCUCUCUCUCUCUCUAUACAUACAUAUACUAUAUUUGCAUGGCUCAUGACUCGAUCUCUCCAAAACUUUUUGGAAAAAAAAACCAAACAUCGUUGUAUUUAAACAAAAAAAAAAAACAGAAAUUAUCGUCUCGUAUAUUAUUAACCAUCUGUUUUGCCAUAUUAAAAGACAUUUCUAUGAAAAUUGACCAAUUUCCCAAAAUAAAACAUAAACAAAUGGAAAAUUAAAUAGUUUUUGUUAUUUUAUAGAAAUUAUCACAACAUGUCGUCCGUUGAAACGAGUUAUGUAUUGAUUUAGAGAAUAAAACUAGGAAAAUAAAUGCACUCGUGUAUAGUUGUAUGUACAUAGGAAAUAAACAAAAGGUAAUGUCUUUUCCUGAUUUUCUCUUCCUGUCCCAUGAUUUGUUUUGAUGUAUUCCCCUAUAUUUCGCGGUAUUUUGUACUUUAGAAAAAUUUGAUUUUCCUUUUCACAGAAACCGUUCUCAAACUCUCUCUUUCCCAAGCGAAGAAGCUUGGUCAUUCUGAAGACAAUACUGUGCUGAAAACGUUUUCCUAUAGAAAACUCUACGCAGACUAUGUUUUUUCAAAGAUAACAUUAGGUGGAAAACUUUGUGGACACAAUAUUUUCGUGUAGAAAACUUUGUCGAGACAAUGUUUUCGUAUAGAAAACUUUGUGGAGACAAUGUUUUCGUAUAGAAAACUUUGUGGAGACAAUGUUUUCGUAUAGAAAACUUUGUGGAGACAAUGUUUUCGUAUGGAAAACUUUGUGGAGACAAUGUUUUCGUAUAGAAAACUUUGUGGAGGCAAGGUUUUCGUUUAGAAAACUUCGUGGAGACAAUGUUUUCUAUGAGAAAAAUUUGUGGAGACGAUGGUUUCGUACAGAAAUCUUUGUGGUGACAAGGUUUUCGUAUAGAAAACGUUGUGGAGAAAAGGUUUUCAUAUAGAAAAUUUUGCGGAGAAGGUUUUCGUAUAGAAAACUUUGUGGAGACAAGGUUUUCGUAUAGAAAACUUUGUGGAGACAAGGUUUUCGUAUAGAAAACUUUGUGGAGACAUGGUUUUCGUAUAGAAAACUUUGUGGAGACAAGGUUUUCGUAUAGAAAACUUUGUGGAGACAAGGUUUUCGUAUAGAAAACUUUGUGGAGGCAAGGUUUUCGUAUAGAAAACUUUGUGGAGACAAGGUUUUCGUAUAGAAAACUUUGUGGAGACAAGGUUUUCGUAUAGAAAACUUUGUGGAGACAAGGUUUUCGUAUAGAAAACUUUGUGGAGACAAGGUUUUCGCAUAGAAAACUUUGUGGAGGCAAUGUUUUCGUAGAUAAAACUUUGUGGAGACAAAGUCUUCGUAUAGAAGACUUUGUGAAGACAAUGUGUUCGUAUAGAAAACUUUGUGGAUACAAGGUUAUCGCAUAGAAAAUUUUGUGGAGGCAAGGUUAUCUUAUAGAAAACUUUGUGGAGACAAGGUUUUCUUAUAGCAAACUUUGUGGAGACAAGGUUUUCGUAUAGAAAACUUUGUGGAGACAAGGUUUUCGUAUAGAAAACUUUGUGGAGACAAGGUUUUCUAUGAGAAAACUUUGUGGAGACAAAGGUUUUCAUAUACAAAACUUUGUGGAGACAAGGUUUUCUUAUAGCAAACUUUGUGGAGACGAGGUUUUCUUAUAGAGAACUUUGUGGAGACAAGGUUUUCGUAUAGAAAACUUUGUGGAGACAAGGUUUUCGUAUAGAAAACUUUGUGGAGACAAGGUUUUCGUAUAGAAAACUUUGUGGAGACAAGGUUUUCGUAUAGAAAACUCUGUGGAGACAAGGUUUUCGUAUAGAAAACAUUGUGGAGACAAGGUUUUCGAAAAGAAAGCUUUAUGGAGACAAUGUUUUCGUUUAGAGUACUUUGUGGAGACAAGGUUUCCGUGUAGAAAACUUUGUGCAGACAAUGUUUUCGUUUAGAAAACUUUGUGAAGACAAGGUUUUCGUUUAGAAAACUUUGUGGAGACAUUUGGUCUCUUUUGUGAAAUUUCCGAAAAACUUGUAUUUUAUUCUAGUCUCUGGGGAAACAAUUGAUUUACUGUGUAGACAGUUCGUGGAAAUUCUGUUUCUAAUAUUUUCCAUAUGUUUUUAACUUCGUCAUUACUUUCAUUUCAUUUGUUGGACCCGCCGAAUGACUCAAGAUUUCAAAGACUUGUUUUGUUUUGUAGGUAUUCCCCUGUUAACUUCUAUGUAAUAGCAAGCACAUGCACAAAACAAAACCAAGCUCCUUAGAUUGUUAUGAAUGUAAGUAAGUAUUGUGUGGUUGGGAUCGAAUGCGUCCCCCUACUAAGGCACUCAGUAAAAAAGUAUAGUUAAUGAAUUUAUACAGAAAAAAACAAAUAUAAAUAGAACUUAAUAUUUACAGACGGACGUAUACAAUAUAUACAUAACUAAUAUAUAUAUAUAUACAUACCUUUCAGACAUACCUAUAAACUAUUUUUCAAACAACCGAACAUGGAAUAGGCAGAUAAUCCUUAAACUGAAAUUUGUAUACAGUCAUAGAAGUUGAAUAUUUAUAAUAAAUAGACAACACAGAAAUAGAAAACAUAACAUAAAAAAUAUAUACAUACAUGAAAAAAUAUGGAAACAAAUAAUAAUUCAUUUAUACAUAAUCAUCGGCACCACAUAGUAUGAACUACAAAAAAAAAAAAAAAAAACAGACGCAAAAGCCAAUCAAUCAGCAUAGUUAAAGGAUAUCCUAAAAUAAGAAAAACCAGAAUAUUGCACCACAUAUACAUACAUAUGUUUCAUCCUAUACUCAAGGGUUCUAUAGGGUCUUAAGGACACAGAUUCUUUAAAAGAAUUGAAAUUUAGAAAAAAAUAUUUUUAUUUAAACAUUGUUUUAACCAAACUUGACGCUUGUCAAUAUUGUCGGAACUUCAUGGCAAGUAUUUUGGGCAUUGACUGAAAUGGACAAGAUUUUGUAAUGAAGAAAAAAUCGGCUUAUUUAUCGGGCCGCAAUGACUUGGAGUUUCAAACCCCCUAAUUUUCUUUAUUCGAAAGACUUGGUAUUUUACCAUGAUAAAGAUUCAAAUAACAAACAAUGUGAUCUGACUCCUAAAGAACGGUGUUUUUACAAAUGAUUAUGUAGUUGAAUUAUUUUACAACUUUCAAGGAAUUCACAGAUCUCAUCAAGCUGCAAGUCUUUGGUGUUUUUCAAACCAUGUUCCUAGAAAUAUGGAAACCAGAAACCAGUGAUCUCAUUUUCAUAAAAUAUUUUCUCCAUUUUUAGAAAUGAUCUCAACUAUCCUAGCAUCGUCCUUCAUUCCAAAUUUUAGAUUCACACAUGUUUAGAAACAAAUUUUCCAACUUUUGUAAGAUAAUUUUUAUUCCUAGUUGUGAGUGGAACAUUGAACAACAAAAACACUAAAAAUAGCCCACAAUAUGUUUUUUAUUGUUGUUUUCUGUAUAAAUUACCAAAAAAUAUAUAUUUAUAUAUACAUAUUUAUUUUUAAGGUAUAGACAAAAAAUUGAAUUAAAACAAAAUAAUUUUAAACAAAAAAAAGAAAUCUUUAAAAAUAAUAUAUUAAACCCAAUUACCUUCUCCUUCCUCCUCCCUCUUAUUCUCAUUGAUAUUAUUAUGUAUUAUGAAUUGAAAGAAAGAAACAAAAAAAAUGCUAUCGACGAAAAUAUGGCACGAAAGAGAUGAACGAAGCAAAACUGUUAAAUGUUAUAAACAAAACCGUAUAUAUAAAUAAAUAUUAUUCAUAUUUCUGAAAUACAAAAAAAAACAAAACAAAAAGAUAUAUAAUUGGAUUU